CACACACAUGCACACACACAAACAGAAGAAUGAGAUGUGGAGUGUUGCUAUGAAAGAGGCGGAUUUACAUGAAGGACAGCGCAGCAGAGACAACUGGAGUGGAGGAGGGGGAGUCACACUCAUUGGGACAAGAACAUGACUUGAAGAUGAGCUGUCCUCAGGCUGAGUUAGAGGAGGAAUGUCCUCCACCAGAGGAAUUAGAGUGUAAGAUCUGUUACCAACGCUACAAUGCCAACAACCGCAAGCCUAAGAUCCUGGACUGCCUGCACCGGGUCUGCGCCCGCUGCCUCAUUAAGAUCCUGGACAUUGCAGACGGAGCAGGUUUCAUCUCCUGCCCCUUUUGCCGACACCAAACUGAAAUCACAGAGUAUGAGGUGUCAGCCCUCCCUGACGAUGCUAUCAUCAUGUCCCAUUUGGCAACGCGGGACAAAUCCUGGAGUUCCGACCACAACAAGGAGGUGGUCCUGACUCCGACGAGUUUCUCUUCCUCCAGCCCAUCUCAUGACUCCUCCAACUGCCUGGUCAUCACUAUAAUGGAAGUGCAGAGGGACUCACAGCACUCCCCAAGCAGAAAUGGCAGCUCCGAUGUCUAUGCUGAGCAGAGCCUGGACUCAGUAUCGAUGGGCUCCAAUGGGCUGGCUGAUCAGGACGCCCUGUCCAAGUUCUGUAAUCAUGUCCCACGCAUCCUGGUCUGGCUGCUGGGUUUCUUGUACUUUGGCUCACUGCCUCUAGGAAUCUACUUGUUGGUGAUUCAGAGAGUAACACUGGGCAUUGUAUGUGUGAGCUUGGUGCCAUCAAGCCUGACAGUUUGCCUGGUCUAUGGGUUCUGCCAGUGCCUGUGCCAGGGCAUGUGUGACUGCUCCUCCAGGGGCUGAUAGGAUGCUAUCAGAGGACUGGUAGUGCAAGGAUGGGAUAAAGUCAGCCACAGUAAACAGGUAUUUGAUUUGAUUUGUGAAAAGAAAUGGCGUCAAAAGGUAAAGAGGGUGACCUCUCCUAUAAAGACUUUGCAAGCCUACCAAUCAGUUAUCUUCAUGCAAAUAAUGGGGCUAGUUAAGAGACCUUUAGUAUUGGUCCAGGCUUUUGUUAGGCCAACUGCUGCAACUCAGAGACCAGUCUGGCCCAACAGAAACAGAACUUCUGACAAGAUGUGUCAGGUGGAGCAGCGCCUGAACCUACAAUUCUGUGAUGUAUUUCUGUAUCCUUUAUCUGUUCUGUGUUGUGUGUAUGACCUAGUCCAUUAAUCUGUGACUUGCAUAAGGACAGCACUGAUAGAGUCCUGGGCCCUCAUUUAUCAACACUGUGUACCCAACAAAAAUCUUGCAUGCAGUCAUUUAUUUUUUUGUUUUGUUAUUCUCAGGAUGAUAAGUUAAUUAACAAUUGCAUUUAAGCAUGAUUGUUUGAUUUUCUUUAUUUUCGUGUCAUGCACAUCAAGUGCCCAACCCUCAUGGGUUUACAAGACAUCAAAAGUUCAGGUGCAGUGGUCAAACAUCUCAUAACAUAAUUACAGGUUAUUUUACAGCUCAGUCCUCUACAAAAUAUUCUACCCGCUUUCCAAAGUUUGGCAAAUAAAAUCUGCAGCAAAAACGGUUUCAUUUCUGAAGCACAAGUCAAGUUUUUCAGUGAUCCAGCCAAAGUAAAUCAAUAUAAAUGGAUGUCAUUUUACUGAAAGCACACCCCUUAUGUCCUGGCAAACAGGACAGUAAAACAAAAAAUUGAACCUUAUUGAGAGUCUCACCUAGCUUACACAUGAAUAGAUAAUUGCAAGUUCCCAUUAACAAAAAGGGCGUAAAAUCAUGUUGUAGGCAAUAUGAACACAAGUUAAACUUUAAGGCACCUUUUGGGCAGAUUGACAGUAGAAAUACAAUACAAAAUACAUAUUAUGCAAAUAUGUCUUUUUUUCACUUACCUUUCAUUUUUAGUUAGUGUCCAUCUUGUCUAGCCUGCAUUCAAGGUAACACUACAUGUUACCAAAUAUUUCUUCUCUCUGUUUAAGCUACAGGUAACUCAAAGUUGGAUAUAUCUCAAUCAUGAUACUGGUCUUGCCAUCAGCUCCUAGAAAUGCAUUGAGGAAAAGCAUUGCUGCGCUGAAAAGUUUCAGUCUGUUGAACCUGUUGAUGUAAGACUGUUGUAACAUCUUUACAUCCUGGUAGAAACACUGCUCUUCCAGGGCAAUGUGACUAACAAAGAGUGUCCAUUGGCAGGAUUUUUCAGCAUAAAAGUUCAAAGUGCUCCAGGUAAGAAAGACAAAGGAUAUUGACAUGUAAUGCACAGAUAAGGCAAGGCAGGGACUAAAUACCCAAUUAACUGUAAAUUGGCAGUAAUAUUUUAUUUACCUAUUUUACUGUCACAGCAGUGUCUUUGAGAACACAUGUGAUGAGGCUGUUGGUGUUGCAUACUGAAUAUGUCCAUCCCCAUCUCUAUCUUAUUCUCUGCUGUUAUUUUUAUUUUUUUGAUUUGGUUCAAAUAAGGCAUAAACCAGACUCAUAUCUCAGGUUUUUUGAUACUCUUUUAACGUUAAGCAACAAACUUUCCAUUCAGUUCCUUGUUGGGUUGAAGAUAGCAAGGCUGCUCUGUUGUAUAUGUGGUACUACUUGUAAAAGGCUCAUUUGGCUUGGUAUACAGUUCAUGUCUAUGGGAGUCCUCUGUUACCUUCAUGCUGUAAGUCACCAUAUUGAAGCAAUGUGGAUUUGAUGUUGUGUGGCGCCUCGAGAUUAUUAUUUAUGCAUUAUUUAUGUGGCAUCUUGAUUUUUAUUUGCACGUAAGAGAAACUUUCCCCUACAUGUACUAUCAUGGCAUAUGGACUCCUGAAAGAAAGGUCACAAUAAACUAUGGUGUAAUUUUAAUGUAAUUUCACAUGCAUGUGGAGGAAAAAUGCUAUUUUUAGUCAAGUCUACUAAAGCUUUAAGUUCCCCUGUGAGUAUUAAAAAGUAGUUUCCUCUGUGACCAAAACAUACAUUUUAGUGUGUCAGAAGUUUUUUCUUCUGAGACAUGAGUGACAUUUCCACAGUCACUUGAAUGAAAGGUUUAGACUAUAAUUUGAGCAUUUCAUUUUGUAAGUGAAGCUUGUUGUUCAUGAGCAUGGUGGUGUAGAAAUUGUGGUGUGAAAGGUUUAUAAAUUCACAUUACUUUAGGGGGUGCUUGGGGCAGUUAUGCAUAUUUGACAAUUACCAACUUUCUUGUAGUCACAAGCAUUCUACAAUUUAUAACCUUUUGUGUACAAUGUUGAUAACCGAGGGCCCUGGGAUGAUGACUCUUAGAUAUAUUAAAUGAUAAACUUCAGGUGAUGCUAUUUCUCAUCAAAAUGGAUAUGUAGCAUUUUUGGGGGUGGGGGGGUAAUCUCAUGCUAACCUGUUCCUCUAUAAUGUAAGUCCUGCUUAUUCUAAAUGGACUGAUAAAUGGUAAAUGGACUGUUUGUUCUCUGAUGUUGGGGUUCUAUAUUCUUUUUACCUUUCCUUCGUCACCGUCCUUCUACCGCUAUUUCUAUACCCAUCUCUGUUUUCCUGUGUUUUCCUGUGUUUCUCUCAAUGAUCUACUGACUGCAGCUCUCAGCUUAAUGUCACACUACUGAUUACAGAAGCUACAAUGAAAUAAAUGUAAAAUUAUUUUCUAUAUGUUGUUUAUGUACUUAUUUCAUGUUUGCUGCCUGCUCAUUCAGUCCACAACAAUCAACAGUGGUGUCAUCAAGGACACAGGAUGCUGUUUUCAUAUUUUAAAACGCUAACAUUACAUAUGUGUGGGCUUAUUUGUAAUUCUAUUGAGAAAACAGGAGAUACAUUUCAAUCUCAAAUCCACUGGAUUUCUGAAGUCUCUUAACACAAUUUGUAACAGGAUUCUCCACCAAAUCGCGAGAAAAAAUGUUGGUACUGUGAGUUUCUAAUACUGCACAUUAUUAUCUAGCAGAUAUGUUUACUUGUUUCAAUUAUGUUUCAACAAUGCUGAGGUUAACAUGUUGCUAUUUUUAGGUGCAAAAACCACUUAGUUAUGGUUAGGAAAACUGUUUUUUUGUUUUUUUCAGUUUUGGUGCCAAAAUUAUGCCAGGAAAAGCAGUGGUGUCUCAGUAUUGUUGUGACAUGAUCCUCACUGACAAAUUGCUACAAAUGCCUACGCCUAGAGCCUAGAAAGCUGCUGAAAAAAUGCUGAUGGGUCGCUACAAACGACCACAUUUGCAACCUAAAAAGCCAUUAAAAACACUGCAAUGACUCACUAAAACACAACCAGUUGUGUUGUUUGUUGGUCUCCGACAGUAGUCUGCAGCUUGGCAGGCAACACGCCUAGGUAACACACCAUCUGCUCCACCUCCCAAUGACAAAGUAAGCUCAUAUACUACAUCAAUUUGAAAACAGU